AUGUCGGGGGUUGUUGAAACUCCUAUGACAUCGAAAGACAUGAUCAUCAAUUCUUCAACGAGGAAAGAAGAACAAAAGGUGGACAAGAAUACAAUGAAUGAAGAUUUGGAAAAUAGAAGCGAAAAGCCGAUAAAGCAAGAAAGGGAUGAUGCCUCGUCGAAACUAUUAAAACAAUGUUUAAGCCCUCAAUUAUCUCUCAAGGAACAGGGUGAAAAAUGUUGUUCGAGGAAAUGGAAGGAAAGACUCCUUGGAAGAGCACAUUCUUCAUCUAGCGUUGAAGAUAGUUUAGACCCGGAUGUUAGAAUCUUGAACCUUUCAAUAGUUUGUCCUGGUAGACCUGAAAUUAUAUUGUCCCAUCCCUUUGUUUCGAAUCCUAAGGCUUCCCUGUUCACUCUCAAGGAAGGAACAAAGUACCAACUCAAAUUCUCCUUCAUGGUCUAUAACAACGUUGUAUCAGGUCUUCAAUACAUGAACACCUUAUGGAAGGCCGGUAUUCGAGUCAACAGGUCUAAACUGAUGCUAGGAAAUUUUAGCCCACGGAAAGAACCUUAUGGAUACAAAUUAGAGGAGGAAAUCAUACCUUGCGGUAUCUUGGUACGGGGCUCGUAUUCUGCAAGAAUCAAGGUUGUAGACGAUGGCGGGAAAUGCUAUUUGGAUAUCCAAUACUAUUUCGAUAUUAAAAAGAAUUGGCCUACAAGCUCAUGA